AGCAGGAUGUGUUUUUGAAAGUAAAAAAAGAGAGGAGUGAAAGUGGAGGAGGAAAAGUAAACGACGAGGCAUGGGUCUUCUUCCUCCUCAUUUCUGAAACGCUGACUGGUCUUCUCUUUCACCCACCAAACUUCUUGUAUUGGUAUUUAUAAAUUGCAAUGCAUUAAUGUCAUAAAUCUGAAUGUAAAUUUAUCCAAACCCUAGAGAGGAUUGCUUGGUUUCUCAAGACUUUGGAGUUUGGAAUCAUGAGGAGAGGGCCCUUAAACCCUAGCAAUCUCAAGCUCACUCUCCCUCCUGAUGAGGAUUCAUUGACUAAGUUCCUAACUCAGAGUGGGACUUUUAUGGAUGGUGAUCUGCUGGUCAACAGGGAUGGAGUUCGAAUUGUGUCUAAGAGCGAAGCUGAAGUGCCACCACUUAUAAAGCCCUCUGACAACCAGUUGAGCUUGGCUGACAUAGACACGAUUAAAGUGAUUGGGAAGGGCGCCGGUGGAACUGUGCAAUUGGUGCAACAUAAGUGGACUGGUCAAUUUUUUGCGUUGAAGGUUAUUCAAAUGAAUAUUCAGGAGGCUGCUCUCAAGCAUAUUGCACAGGAGCUAAAAAUUAACCAGUCAUCACAAUGCCCAUAUGUUGUCGUGUGUUACAAGUCUUUCUAUGAUAAUGGUGCCUUUUCUAUUAUCUUAGAGUACAUGGAUGGUGGAUCUCUUUUAGAUUUUCUGAAAAAGGUCAAAUCAAUUCCAGAGCCGUAUCUUGCUGCCAUCUGUAAUCAGGUGCUCAAGGGUUUGUCGUAUCUUCAUCAUGAAAGACACAUCAUCCAUAGGGACUUAAAACCUUCUAACUUGUUAAUAAAUCACAGAGGAGAAGUGAAGAUCACCGACUUUGGUGUGAGUGCAAUACUUACAAGCACCUCUGGGCAGGCAAAUACUUUUGUCGGCACGUACAACUAUAUGUCUCCAGAGAGAAUUAGUGGAGGUAAGUAUGGCUCCAAAAGUGACAUUUGGAGCUUGGGGUUGGUUUUGCUCGAGUGUGCCACUGGUCAGUUCCCGUAUUCUCCACCAGAGCAAGGGGAAGGAUGGACCAGCUUUUAUGAACUUAUGGAAGCCAUUGUUGACCAGCCACCGCCUUGUGCAUCUACUAAUCAAUUUUCUGCAGAAUUCUGCUCUUUCAUUUCUGCAUGCAUACAGAAAGACCCAAAUGACAGAAAGUCAGCGCAUGAACUUAUGGCACAUCCUUUUAUCAGCAUGUACAGAGACUUGAAUGUUGAUCUUGCAACAUACUUCACCAAUGCAGGAUCUCCACUCGCUACAUUUUAAAAGUUUGUCUGGUAUGUUCUGUGCUUGGUAAACCCUUUCUUGAAAAUGCAAGUAGUCAACUUCCUUGAGUUGAGCUUCUAAGGUGGGCUAGACCUUUCCAAAUGAUGUUUCUCAUGUACUGGCAGUUUGCUUCAAUCAUGAGACAUGAAUUUUAACUUUGUCAUUCGUUUCUCCUGCUGUUACAUAGAUAAUAAUACUCUUCUCUUUCCUUUUUAAGCCACCAUUAAGAGGGUGUUUAGUAAAUCGACUUAAUCACUUGAUAACUCAAUUUCAGUCAUUAAGUAGAUUAAGCAUGUUUGAUAAAAUACCUUAAUAUUAUAACUUAACGUUAUUUUUAACUUUAAGUAUGAAGUUAAAUUAGUUAACUUAUUCUUAAUUUUAAAUUCUUUUUACCUUAUUUGCCCACAUCAAUGAAAGUAUAUUUUAGAAUUAUAAUUCAACAUCCAUGACUUAUUUUUUGUAAUAAAUAUUUUAUGAUUAUCUUAUAUAUCUACCAUACUUUAAAUAUGAAUGUUUUAUAAAUAAAUUUAGUGUUUAAAAUUAAGGAAAAUAGAUAUAAGUUAAAAUCAAUGAAGAUAAAUAUUAAUUAAAAUUAAUGAGGAUAAUGAGUCAAUUUGAUGAUUUAGAAUAAAAAUUUAACUUUAUCAAACAAUCUUAUUACUUAAAAAGUAAAAUAAGUCAUAAGUUUUUAAGUUAACAACUUAAGGACAAUUUAAUUUAAAGUAAACUAAAGUCAUUAAGUAUUAGGUGUUAAGUUUUACCAAACACCUACUAAGUCAUUGACAGACGAAUAGGUUAGAUAGAAAGCAAAAACGUGGAAUAAUAUUGCAUUGAAAGUGCUUUUGGGAGCAACACAAAAUAGUGAAGGCAAUAUAUUGUCACUCACAAAAGUAGUUUGUAUCCUUUUUCAUCAUCAUCUCUAUGGUCCACACAUCACUGCCGUCACUUCUAUUGUUGCUGCCAUCACACAUUCAUCACCUCUAUUAUUGAUGGCAGCAUUGCUAUACCAUCACUGCUGAUGGUACUACACAAUGAUAAAAAAAUGGGCUAUUAGAUUAAAAGGUAUGAAACUAAUCCCCCAUUUGAAAAUCUAACCCUCCUUUUUUUUCAACCUAAAAAAUACUUUUUUUGACAAAAAUACCCAUGCUUUUUUCUUUUAAAAAUAACUUUUUCUUUUAAAACUUACAUGUAAUUAAGGAUAUUUAUGUAAAAAAUGGGUUAUUCUUCAAAUUAAAACAUGAGAGAGGUUUAACAAAUUGGGAUCGUUUCAUCCCUUUUUAAUCAAGUAAUUCUCAAAAAAUCCCCAUGAGUGCCACUGCCUUUGUGCACCAUCACUAACACUACCAUUGCCACUGCCUUCAUCACCUCUAUCUAUGCCAUCAGAACCAUCACCAAUUCCUCGACUACUCUACUGUAGUAACCAUAGCAUCUCUUCAUUACUGCUGUAGUCACCAUCAUUGCCUCCAUGUUUACUUCCACCACCAAGUUGGUGUCCUCCAUCAAAACCAUAUUCACAUAUACUUUCUUAUACUUGGUCAAAUAUUGAUUUGUGUGUAAUAUGAUUUUUGUCUGUCUUUGUAGAAACAUGAGAAAAGGCAAGCAAGGGGAAAAAAAAUGCAAGCAAGCAAAUAAAUUCCUUUUCUUGCUUGUAAAAUAUAUUUUCAUGUAGGAAAAGUAAAAGUUAGUGUUUCUUUAAUAUUUUGGGUAUUCAAUGCAUUGCCUCGAACCAAAUAGUGCUCCUUGGCCUUGCCCAUAUAUGAGCUUCUUGGUCAAUAACUUGAUUGAACAUGACAGUAAGUUUAGGGAAAUGCUAAUCUGCCACGAAUCCUGGGCUUUCUGACCUCUAGUCCAGCAUGACCAAAUGGCUGGAUAGUGGAUAGAUAAUCUAAAUAGUUACUUGUGUCUGACAAUUAUAGUCUUACUGCAGGCAUGGAGUAUGUUGGCUGUGAAGUUGGAACCCUAUCUCAUUUAGAGAUAAUUUUCAUUUUUAAUCUUUAAUACCAUUCACAUUUGAUAAAAUAACAACUCAAAACCAACAAAAGUUAAUUCCAAGUUCCCAACCACUUGGAGCUGCUACAUGAAUUCUUUUUUUGUCAUUUAGCUCAUCUAAAACCAUAUCCUCCUUCCCAUCUUCUUUUCUCUCUGUCUCCACCCAUUCUUUAAUUGGGUAUUGAGGUGGUUGGCAGCUUGUGAGCCCUAAUCAGUGGAAUGAUAUUCAACCACAAUUUAUGCUUUUGGAAAGCAGGAGUGAUUGGAUUGUUAGGAUAAAUGAUUCUGCUUUCAUCUGUAGCAUAUCCAGGAUGAGGGUUGCCCAGGUGAUGUGCCCGGGCACUGACCUCCUCCCACCUUCCACUUUCUCCUAAUGUUUUAGCUGUCAUCUAUUUGUUGCCUUCGUUGUUAAUUUCCUCGAUAUAAACUCUUUCUUGGGAUAGUUUCUAUCUGAAUUGCAACUUACACAAUCUUAUAUUUUUCAGAGUUCUUAUUUACCAAAAAAUAGCAUGAUCCUAGGAGAAGUGAGGAAAUCAGCUAUCGGUGUGUCCAGAUACCUGGUGAAGGAUUCUUAGCGACAAUUCUCAAGCCCCUCUCUAUGGCAACAACGGCAAGGGGUCUUCAAUCAUUUGUGACGAACCUCAUUGCUUGAAAAAUAUUGAGUGUGAGAAACAUAUGAAGAAAUUGAUGAUUUAUGACUGCAAGGCAAUUAGGCAAAUUACUACUGUUUGUAUUCUGCCGAAGGCACUUUGGCAUGAUUUUGAAUUGCUCGUUUAGAGGUGCAACACACAUCACAUUCCCACGAAGAAUUUUCCAUGUAUGUGUAAGAUUGUGAUAAAUACUCAGUUUGAACCCUAAUCUCUUUAAUUAUGAGUGAUCUGGAUGUUGGCCUCAUUGCCUGCA